AGACUCUAAACACAAGCGUGCGCACAUACUUUUCUCCGCGAGCUGCGUCUCGUGCGCUCGGCGCCGCGCGCGGGUCUCUCGGUUACCGUAUUCUGCGUAUUCUCUUGUUUGUUACUUUAGAGCCGCUGCGCGUGAUGGGCUCUGAGCGCGAGCGCGGCUCGCGGAGCGCGGCGGGAAUGCGGAUGUUUUCCUGCGGCACGAGGAGCUGCAGCCUGGCGACGAGCGCUCGCGCUUCCGUAAUCAGCACGGCAGGCUCGCGCGCAGCGUGACUGUUUUGUUGCCUGUACUGUUUAGACUUAAAAAUCAGAUUAAAUUUAAAUUCAACGCGUUAAAGCAGCGCGAGGAGCCGCUCGAGAGUAAACUACACUGAUUAAAAGAACAGAGAGAAACGCAGGAAUAAAGAGUGUAGAGAGAGGAGGAGGAGGAGGAGGAAGAAGAAGAGGAGGAGGAGGAGAAGAUGGGCAGCACCGUGAUGGACUCGAGGAAGAGAGAACCUUCCAAGAAGAACCCAAAGAAAAAGAAAGCGCUCAGACUCUGCAUGCCGGAUCUGAGUCCGUUUGCUUCUCCGCUUAUGGAUGGAGAAAUGGAGAGGCAGGGUAAAGUCAGGACCCCGAAGGCUGAAGAGAGCUACUCCUCCAGCCCCACCAGAGGCUUCUUCUCCCGGGGUCCCGGCACACAGCCCUCCAGCCCCAUGUCAGCCCCCGUACGGCCACGGACCAAUCCCAGCACACCAAAGAGCGUCUUCCCGUACCCCUCGUCCUAUCAGGAGUCCCCUCCCAAAUCCCCCCGCCGCCUCAGCUUCAGCGGCCUCUUCCGCUCCUCCUCCAGCUCCGCCCCCGCCAGCAUCAAGCUCUUCUCCAGGGCCCGGAAAGCCUCCGGCGGGGUCUCGUCUCCCCCCGGCACCCCGACGCAGAGCUCCAGCCCCCUGAUGUUCUCUCUGGAAGCCCCCAGCAGCAGCAGCAGCAGUGCUGCAGAGCGUCUGGAGGAACGGCGCUCUCGCUCGCUCUCCUCUCCUCCAGAGACCGGCCAGCACUUCAGCUUAUCCUCCAGCUCCAGCAAACCCCCGCUCUCCACAUCCACCCCCACCUACUCACCCCUCAGCCCCGCCCCCUACAUGUACAGCUCCGCCUCUCACCUGGUUUACGGUGUGGCUGCAGGCAUGCUGGAGAAACUUGAACUCAGUGAUGAAGCUUCAGAGCCAGACUGUGAUAUUUACACGCGCUUUAUGAAGUCCCACCAGUGCUAUGAUCUCAUUCCCACCAGUUCAAAGCUAGUGGUCUUUGAUACCACGCUUCAGGUAAAAAAGGCCUUCUUUGCUUUGGUUGCCAACGGAGUCCGAGCUGCUCCACUGUGGGAGACCAAAAAGCAGAGCUUUGUGGGAAUGCUGACCAUCACAGACUUCAUCAUUAUACUACACAGAUACUACAAGUCACCUUUAGUGCAGAUAUACGAACUAGAGGAGCACAAGAUUGAGACAUGGAGAGAACUCUACCUGCAGGAAACCUUCAAGCCCCUCGUGAACAUUUCUCCAGACGCAAGCAUAUACGAUGCUGUUUAUUCGCUCAUCAAAAAUAAAAUACACCGGUUGCCAGUUAUUGAUCCAGUGACGGGGAACGCACUCUACAUCCUCACACACAAGCGCAUCCUCAAGUUCCUGCAGCUUUUUGUGUGUGAGAUGCCCAAACCGGCCUUCAUGAAGCUCACACUGGGAGAACUGGGGAUCGGAACCUAUUCCAACAUCGCCUUCAUCCACCCGGACACGCCCAUCAUCAAAGCCCUCAGCAUCUUUGUGGAGAAGAGGGUGUCUGCACUUCCUGUGGUCGACGUCAACGGAAGGGUUGUAGAUAUCUACUCCAAAUUUGACGUCAUAAACUUGGCGGCGGAGAAAACCUACAAUAACCUGGACGUCAGCGUGACCCAGGCGCUGCAGCACCGCUCGCAGUACUUCGAGGGGGUGAUGAAGUGCAACCGACACGAAACACUGGAGACCAUCGUGACCCGAAUCGUGAAGGCAGAGGUUCACAGGCUGGUGGUGGUGGACAGUAACUCCAGUAUUGAAGGAAUUGUCUCGCUGUCGGACAUCCUGCAGGCCCUGGUCCUCACUCCUGCAGGAGGAAGCAAUAAAGAGGUUUCUGCAGAUUGACGAGUGACAGGAAGUCUGUAUUUCGGGAUGGAAGUGAGGAGGAAACGGUUCAGCUGGACGUUUUUGACCCAGGGAUUGUUUUUUUAGGACUAUCUGAGAAAUCGACUGGAAGAUCUCUGAUGCGUUUGGACCUGUUUUUGUUUGUUUUAGGUGCCUUUUGGGACGUUUCUGCUUUAUUACGCACAUUUAUAUUUUAAUUGACUUAUCAGAUUUUUUUUUCUGGUGGUCCAGUCCUGAGUGUCUGCUGCUGUACUGGUGAACACUGGUCUGUUCUAUAUGGGAUAAAUGGGAGAACUGGUUCACCGUUAAAGGAGGAGGGAGGAGGGAGGACAGCACAUGUGAUAGAAUCACAGUUACGCUCUGUGGGAGAUCUUUUCUUCAGGUAAUGGUUUAAAGAAGUGCUCUGAUGUUCUUCAGUCUGAUGUCUGUCUGCUGCAUGUGAUCAGAUCCUUUUAAAAGAAGUGGAAAAAACAUGUUAACGUGAACAAAUGUGUACUCUAGAGGUUAAUGGGCUGUUGCUGUUUUCCUUUAGAUCAAGUUUAACACAUUUAUAUGGAAGUAUUUGAUGAAUAUUGUUUUCAAAAUGAAGCAGAAAGUCAAUAUAAUUAAUGCAUUUAUUGCAGCGCCUUUAAAGCAUAUGGCUCAAAGCUUUAGGUCUCUGAGGUUUUGUAUUUUAGGGCUCUAGAAUGAAGCUAAUAGCCAGUGUGCUGGAUGACACAUGUAGCCAGGGGCUAACACUGUAGUAGUGAUGUUGAACCAAACAUGUAGUGACGUGAGACGAAGCUUUUAGCUGUCAUGAAAGCUCACGUUUGUCCAUUUCACAUUUAGCUACUAUUAUCUGUUCUGUAAAUUAGUGUAUUCAUUUGAUAACUCAGUCAAAUCAGUGCAAAAAUGUGAAACAGAACAUAUAAGAUCUGAACACAGUAACUGUCUCAUGAUUUAGCAACACAGCAAAUGGAAAAAGAAAAUGCAACAGAUUUAAGACAGACAUACAUAUCUUCCUGAGACCCUGCGUCCUCAUAUGGGGACAUUACAUUUUUGCUUGAUGUCAUAUGUCAUAUGAUACUUUUAUAUGUUUUGUAAGUAUUGACCCUUUGGCCUCAUAUGGAGACACUAUCUGUACCAUCUAGUGGUCACAUGACAUUACACUCAAUUGAUUAAAAAAACAAGAUGAUGGGAAUCCCAGUCAAAAGUUUCUACAGCCAGUCCAGACAGAAACAUAGGCUUGGUGAAAAUUUGCUUUAAAUUAUAAGUUUUAAACUAGUUUAUUUACUUAGUGUAGAAAGCUAAAAUGUAGUUUUUGGACAAAUUGGGUCCUACUGAUCACAAGAAGAUCAAUUUAAAUGUUAAAAUAAACUGCUGUCCCUAUAUUAGGACAAUGUUUUCAUACAAGAAGUUGUUUUUUUUUGCAAAAACACAGUUUAGUUUUUAUACUAGUUUUACGUCCCACUAAUCUCAAAUAGCUAGGAGAAAUAAAAAAUGCAUGCAAAGCAAAAGUCCGGGUCUCAGGAGGAUAUAAUAAAAAAACAGAGUAUUGCUUUAAUAAAUAACACACAGCUACUUGUCGUGGCUUAUAUACUAUAUACACGUCCAAUGAAUGUGCUUCUGAGAAUGUAAACCCUUGCUAAACACUGUUAAUCCCGUUUUGUUUUAUUCGUGCCUUGUAAACCCCGCCCUGUUUUAUGUAAAUGUGAACUGAAUGUACCAAAUCAAAGGGGAGAACUGGCUGUCGCUGGGAUUUACAUACAAACUGCAAGCAAGACAGUCUGAAUGGAUGGAAAGCCAUCAGUAUUGUGUUGUGACUCUAUAUACACGUAUAUAAGAGAAAAAAUAGCUUUAUUUUUAUAGUUUUGCAGAUCGUUGUGUUUGUUAUUUCUGAUGGCGUGUGCUGGUGUAGACUGUUAAAUGGGACGCGCCAGUAUUGUUCUGUUCUUUUCAACCUGAUCUCUAUCUGUUGCAUUUAGCCUGGAUAUUUCAACACUUCUAUCUAGUCUUGGUUCUGAUACAUCAGCUCACAGAUGCAGCCUUGUGCUGAUCCACAUCACCCUAGGAGUGAUGAGGGAAAAGAGAGAGCGCCAUCUACUGUACUGUACCCACCCAGAGAGAGCAAGCUAGGCCAAUUGUGCUCUCUCAGGGCUCUGGCAGCUGAUGGCAAUUAGAUUAUCAUUGAAAAGUUGUUUUAUUUCAUUUGUUUAGAUCUAUUUUAAGCGUUUAUUUCUUUUAUUGUCGAUGAUUAUGGCUUACAGCCAAUGAAAACCACACAAAUAUUGGUGUUUUAUGCAGUGUGUGGGCAGUGUGCCAAGUCCCGCUGGAAAAUUAAAUUCGCAUCUCUAUAAAAGUUGUUAUCAGCAGAGGAAAGCAUGAAGUGCUGUAAGAUUUUCCAAGAAAAAACCACUGCACUGACUUUGGCUUUGAUUUAACACAGUGGAUCAACACCAGCAGAUGAUGGAUGGAGAUGCAGAUUUCAUUUUCCAGCAGGAUUGGCACACUGCCAACCAUGCCAAAAGUACCAAUUGGUCUCAAAUUUUCUGAGACACUGAUUAUUGGGUUUUCAUUGGCUGGACACUUCAUAAUCAUUAACAAUAAAAUAAAGAAACACUUAAAAUAGAUCUAUAUAAUUUAUGAGUUUCACAUUUUGAACUGAAUUACUAAAAUAAAGUAACUUUUUAAUGAUAUACUUUUUUGAGAGUAUGAUAGUAUCAUAGCAUAGAUGUCCAAAAUGUAUGUGCGCUAAUUAAAAAAAAACUUUUCUAAAAUUUCCAUUUCACAGCAAUUCCAAAAGUAUAAUAUAUUAUUCACCUGCUUCUCAACGUCUAUUAUAAUGAUUUACAUGAUCAUGUUUUGUUAUUUUCUGAGUUCAGGAAGACAGAAUAUGGAAAUGAUUUUCUGUGGUUACAGAUCAAACAGAUCAGAUGCAGCAGAUGGAGAUCAGGUUGUUCGACUCCAGACAGACAGCUUUAAAAAUGUGGGAGUGUGUGGUGAAACGGGUUCGAGGUCAGAAAGCUUUAUACCUGAUCUGCUGUAAAUACAGACGCCGCAUGGCCUCACUGCAGAGCUUGAUUUACAUAUGCAAAUGUGCCGAAUCAUGUUUAUAUUAUACUGCAGAUUUAAAUAGAUUUUUUAUGAUGAUUAUUUCACUGUGUUUUUUGUUUAAGAGAAAGUUGGGAAUGUUUUAUUCAGAAGAGAAGUGCAUCUUUACCAGCAAGAGCAACGACACUAAUGUAUAAAUUUGUUAUUUUUUUAAUGUGUCUUUUGUCAAAUACACGCAAAAUACACUCA